AUGGGAAACACAUGCGUGGGUCCGAAUCUGAACCCUAAUGGAUUCCUCCAAUCCGUUAGUGCCGCCGUCUGGAGGAACCAGAAACCAGACGAGAGCCUUAAGAGCAACAAAGACGAGAGCAGCCGAAACAAGAGCCAAAACGGCGACCAAAGUAAUCGAAAUCCUUGCUCCUCCGCCGCCUCGGAUCCACCUCCACCACCCGCGGCGGUGCCAACUCCGAGCACGCCGCCUCCUCCGGUGAAAAUGGCUAACGAAGAACCACCAAAAACCAUCCCGGAGAUCAAAACCGCCGAGGAAGGUAGCAAAUCGAAGCCGAAGACCAAAGAGGCGCACAUGAAAAGGAUGGCUAGCGCGGGCCUACAGAUCGAAUCCGUGCUCGGGAGGAAAACAGAGAAUCUCAAGGAUAUAUACAGCGUUGGGAGGAAACUAGGUCAAGGGCAAUUCGGGACGACGUUUCUUUGCGUGGAGAAGAAGACAGGGAAAGAGUUGGCUUGCAAAACCAUAGCCAAGAGGAAGCUCACCACACCUGAGGAUGUUGAAGAUGUUAGGAGAGAGAUUCAGAUAAUGCAUCAUUUGUCUGGUCACCCGAACGUGAUUCAGAUCGUUGGUGCUUAUGAAGAUGCAGUAGCUGUUCAUGUUGUGAUGGAGAUCUGUGCAGGUGGAGAGCUUUUCGAUAGGAUUAUACAGAGAGGACAUUACACGGAGAGAAAAGCUGCUGAGCUCGCGAGGAUCAUUGUUGGUGUUAUAGAGGCUUGUCAUUCUCUUGGUGUGAUGCACCGUGAUCUUAAGCCUGAGAAUUUCUUGUUUGUUAAUGGAGAUGAAGAAGCUGCACUCAAGACUAUUGAUUUUGGUCUCUCUGUUUUCUUUAAACCAGGAGAAACAUUCACUGAUGUAGUUGGGAGCCCUUACUAUGUGGCACCAGAAGUUUUAAGGAAGCAUUAUAGUCAUGAGUGUGAUGUUUGGAGUGCUGGAGUUAUUAUAUACAUCUUACUUAGUGGCGUCCCACCAUUUUGGGAUGAAACGGAACAAGGCAUCUUUGAGCAGGUUUUGAAAGGUGACCUUGACUUUGUAUCAGAGCCAUGGCCUAGUGUAUCAGAAAGUGCAAAAGAUUUGGUGCGUCGGAUGCUGAUCAGAGACCCUAAGAAGCGAAUGACAGCUCAUGAAGUUCUCUGUCAUCCUUGGGCCCGAGUGGAUGGUGUUGCUCUUGAUAAACCUCUUGAUUCUGCUGUCCUCAGUCGUUUGAAACAGUUUUCAGCCAUGAACAAGCUCAAGAAAAUUGCUAUCAAGGUGAUAGCAGAAAGCUUGUCAGAGGAAGAAAUAGCAGGAUUGAAAGAAAUGUUCAAGAUGAUAGAUACAGACAAUAGCGGACACAUCACUCUCGAAGAACUCAAGAAGGGUUUGGACAGAGUUGGUGCUAACGUUAAGGAUUCAGAAAUAUUAGGAUUAUUGCAAGCAGCGGAUAUAGAUAACAGUGGGACUAUAGACUAUGGAGAGUUUAUAGCAGCGAUGGUGCAUUUAAACAAAAUAGAGAAAGAAGACCAUUUGUUCACAGCUUUCUCUUACUUUGAUAAAGAUGGAAGUGGUUAUAUAACCAGAGACGAGCUCCAGCAAGCUUGCAAGCAAUUCGGCUUAGCGGAUGCUCAUUUAGACGACAUUUUACGCGAAGUGGAUAAAGACAAUGAUGGAAGAAUAGAUUACAGUGAGUUCGUGGAGAUGAUGCAAGACACUGGAUUUGGCAAAAUGGGUUUAAGGGUGAGUUGA